GCGCCGUCGGUCCGCAGCCUCAGCCUGAGCCUGGCCGACUCCGGCCACCUGCCCGACGUGCGUGGGCUGGACAGCUACGCCGGCCACCGUACCCUGCAGAGGCUCAGCUCUGGCUUUGAUGACAUUGACCUGCCCUCUGCCGUCAAGUACCUCAUGGCCUCAGACCCCAACCUGCAGGUGCUGGGCGCAGCUUACAUCCAGCACAAGUGCUACAGCGACGCCGCAGCCAAAAAGCAGGCCCGCAGCCUUCAGGCUGUGCCGCGGCUGGUGAAGCUCUUCAACCACGCCAACCAGGAGGUGCAGCGCCACGCCACGGGCGCCAUGCGCAACCUCAUCUACGACAACGCCGACAACAAGCUGGCCCUGGUGGAGGAGAACGGCAUCUUUGAGCUGCUGCGCACGCUGCGCGAGCAGGACGACGAGCUGCGCAAGAACGUCACAGGGAUCCUUUGGAACCUGUCCUCCAGUGACAACCUGAAGGACCGCCUGGCCCGGGACACCCUGGAGCAGCUCACAGACCUGGUGCUGAGCCCGCUCUCGGGGGCGGGCGGGCCACCCCUCAUCCAGCAGAACGCCUCCGAGGCCGAGAUCUUCUACAACGCCACGGGCUUCCUCAGGAACCUCAGCUCCGCCUCCCAGGCCACUCGCCAGAAGAUGCGUGAGUGCCACGGGCUAGUGGACGCCCUGGUCACCUACAUCAACCACGCCCUGGACGUGGGCAAGUGCGAGGACAAGAGCGUGGAGAACGCCGUGUGCGUGCUGAGGAACCUGUCCUACCGCCUGUACGACGAGAUGCCCCCGUCCUGGGCGGGCGUGCUGAGCCGCCUGGCUCUGGAGCAGGAGCGCAUCCUAAACCCACUGCUGGACCGCGUCCGGACCGCCGACCACCACCAGCUGCGAUCGCUGACCGGCCUCAUCCGGAACCUGUCUCGGAACGCCAGGAACAAGGACGAGAUGUCCACCAAGGUGGUGAGCCACCUGAUCGAGAAGCUGCCGGGCAGCGUGGGUGAGAAGUGCCCGCCGGCCGACGUGCUGGUGAACAUCAUCGCGGUGCUCAACAAUCUGGUGGUGGCCAGCCCCGUGGCCGCCCGGGACCUGCUCUACUUCGACGGGCUCCGCAAGCUGGUCUUCAUCAAGAAGAAGCGGGACAGCCCCGACAGCGAGAAGUCCUCCAGGGCCGCCUCCAGCCUCCUGACCAACCUGUGGCAGUACAACAAGCUGCACCGAGACUUUCGCGCGAAGGGCUACCGCAAGGAGGACUUCCUGGGCCCAUAGGCCUUCCCGCAGGAGGAGUCGGCGGGGCCCGGCCUCGAGGAUGGACGGCCGGCCAGGAAGGGAGGCUCAGGGCGGGGCCUGUCGCUGGAGCCCUGCCCGUCUUCGAGGGCCCGGGCCACCAGGGAGGGGGCAGGGGCUUGCAGCUGGGGACUUGGCUUCUGCAGGGCAGGGGGCGGGACAGGGCUUGAGGCUGCUCUGGCACAUGAGGUGGUGACCAGGCCACACUGGCAGAGGUGCGGAUGGCGAGGCUGGGCAGGGCCUUGGGUGGCCGGCGCUGGAAAUAAAGUGCUGUGAA